AUGGUGCGGCUUGUCAACGUAGAUGGCUUGCUUAUUUUGGCUCUAGUCUCGAAACCUUCCCAAAACUGCCUCAUCAGCAGAAUUAUCGAGGAUGCUGCUCUUCAUGAAUGCACCAAAACAAAAACGAAAUUCGAAUUUGUAAGCGAAGACCACAAACUAUUACGCAGCAUACGCGUAAUGCACAUCUGGGCCGCGAAUAAGACCAGAUGA